AUGUUGGAGAUGAAGCCACCGCUCUUCGUUGCGUGCUUCCUGCUUGCCGCCAUCACCUGUGGAGCACAUACCUGUGGCAAGUUGCGGGAGAUCGAGAAGGGAGAUACUUGUCUGUCGCUCAGUCAAGCUCUUAACUUGACACUCCAAGACUUCAUGCUCCUCAAUCCCAAGACGAACUGCAGCAGCUUGAUCGUUGGCGAGGAGAUCUGUGCUUCUUCCUGCUUCCGAAAACUGGUUUCUCCCAGAUACGGCCAACGCCCUGUGGUCAUGGAUUACAUUGGUGCUAUGGGAAACUCCACCGCCUUCGACGACGUUCCAGUGUCACCAGAUGUCGACCACUUUUUCAUCCUCUCCUUCGCCAUCGACGCAAAUCGUUCCGGAAUCGUUCAAAACGGGAGCUUCAUCAGCUACUGGAGUGAUGGUCUCACGCCAGAGAGCGUCUCUGCGAUAAAAUCCAAGCACCAAAACGUCAAAGUCCUGCUCAGUCUGGCUGGCUACAGCUUACAAGUCGAUGGUCAGUCGGAUCCUUGGAUCGUUCGCUGGUAUGACCCCUCCGACGCCGACCUGUGGAUCGACAACGCAGUCAAGUCCAUUAGCGCGCUCGUGCAAAAGUAUCACCUGGACGGCGUCGACAUCGACUACGAAAGCAUGGACGACCCAAGCAACUUACGUCUCUUCCCGUUUUGCAUCGGAGAACUGAUCAAGGCUCUCAAGAGGAACAAAGUGAUCAGCGUUGCCACCAUCGCACCUUACGGAGCUUCGGCCCCUUACUACCGGAGCCUCCUCCGGUACUAUGGCGACCAGUUCGACUACAUCAACUUCCAGUUCUACUCCUACAGCAACGUCACCAAUGCAUACGACUACGUGCAACUCUAUCACUGGAUAGCCCAGGGAUUCGACGAGAACAAGCUGAUGGUCAGUCUAGAAAUCGACGGGACUUCGGGACGAGGAGUGCAAGGAGCGGAAUUUUUCAAAGCUGUGGAAGAGAUAAAAAAGACACGCAAAGUACCGGGGAUGUUCCUAUGGUCUGCUGAAGGCUCUCAAGAAACCGGGUUCCUUGUAGAGAAGGUAGCACAAUGCACACUUUAGAUGGAAGAAAAGCUCUAUAGAUGGAAGA